CGCCUAUCAUCAGCACAGUCAGAUCAAGUCUGCAACCGCGAGCGCGCUUUCGACGCAUCAACUUUGUAAUUUUUCGAUUUUUCGAACGUUCAGCCUAGAGUUCUCUUCGAGAAAGUCGGCUUGAGAAGUCUCGCAGUUUUGAAAAGACAAAGUCGUCGUAGCGUGAGUCGCGUCGUCCUGUGAAACUUUCCGGUCUGGAGUUUGGAGCUUUUCGUGUGUUAAGUCACCACCCCAUUUACACCAACCCUUCCAAAGCCCCCACACAUCCAGUCAAGAUGAUGGCCGUAGCAGCAGCACAGAAGAACAGGGAGAUGUUCGCCAUCAAGAAAUCAUACAGCAUCGAGAACGGGUACCCUGCCCGUCGCCGGUCACUAGUUGACGACGCUAGGUUCGAGACACUCGUGGUUAAGCAGACCAAACAAUCUGUCCUAGAGGAGGCGAGACAACGGUCCAAUGAUUCUCAAAACGAGAGCAUUGCCGUCCCCGCAGUCCAACAGGCUAAAAUUACGACUCAAAAGUCAGUCGAAUAUGAAGAAAUCAAGACAGCAGAGCCCAUUGUGAAGGAACCCCUUCCCGAACCGGCAGUUGCUGCCCCUGCUGCCCAACCCAAAAUUGAAUCUCAGGUCAACGGAAAAGAUGCCGGACUCACCGAGGAGGAGGUCAUCUUGCAGAACUCCAUGUCCGAAGACAAGGAGGUCGAGGCCGCUGUCCAGAGGGCAUCCAUGGUGCUGCGCCUUAAGGAAGGCAUGGGCUCCCUCGCCAGGAUCCUCAAGACCAUCGAGAACUUCCACGGCACCGUGGUCCACCUGGAGAGUCGUCCCGGCAAGACCGCUGAGUCCCAGUACGACGUGCUGGUCAAGGUAGACAUGUCCAAGCAGGCGCUGCUGCUCCUCAUCAGAUCCCUGAGACAGAGCUCCGCCCUCGCUGGCGUCACCCUCCUGGCCGACAACAGUCAGUCCAUCACGGACCCGUGGUUCCCCAAGCACGCUCGUGAUCUGGACAACUGCAACCAUCUGAUGACCAAGUACGAUCCCGACCUCGACAUGAACCACCCCGGGUUCGCCGACAAGGAGUACCGCGGCCGCCGCAAGAUGAUCGCCGACAUCGCCUUCGCCUACAAGUACGGAGACCCAAUCCCCCACAUCGACUACACGGAGACUGAGGUAGCUACCUGGGGCAUGGUGUUCAAGAACGUCAAGGAGUUGAUGCCCAAGCACUUCUGCGCCGAGUACCGCCAGGUGUUUGCCAUGCUGGAGGAGGAAGGCAUUUUCGGACCCAAUCGCAUCCCUCAGCUGCAAGACAUGAGCGACUUCCUCAACAAAAACACAGGGUUCAUUCUGCGUCCCUGCGCUGGUCUGCUUACUGCUAGGGACUUCCUCGCCAGCUUGGCCUUCAGAGUCUUCCAGAGCACCCAGUACGUCCGUCACACCAAGUCACCCUUCCACACACCCGAACCUGACUGCAUCCACGAGAUACUGGGACACAUGCCACUCCUCGCAGACCCGAGCUUCGCCCAGUUCUCCCAGGAGAUCGGCCUCGCCUCCCUCGGCGCUUCAGACGAGGAGAUCGAGAAGCUGUCCACCGUCUACUGGUUCACCGUGGAGUUCGGACUCUGCAAGGAGAACGGUGAGGUGAAGGCCUACGGUGCCGGUCUGUUGUCCGCAUACGGAGAACUUCUGCACGCCAUCUCCGACAAGCCCGAGCACCGACCCUUCGACCCCCAGGUCACCGCCGUCCAACCCUACCAGGACCAGGAAUACCAACCCAUCUACUACGUCGCCGAGAGCUUCGAGGACGCCAAGGAGAAGUUCAGACGCUGGGUGUCCGAGAUGAGCCGCCCCUACGAGGUCAGAUUCAACCCUCACACACAGAGGAUCGAGAUCCUCGACAGUGUAGAGAGAUUGGACAACCUCAUGGGACAGCUCAACCUUGAGAUGCUACAUCUCAACACAGCGAUCAACAAACUCAAGAACAAAUCAGUCUGAACGUCUCCCAAAGAUCCUACCAUUUGUAUAAAGCUUUCACCGUCGUAGUUGUAGCUCGUGUGAUAUGAUGACUAAUUUAAGUAAAUUAUUUUUGUAUAUAAGUUCUAAAUGAUCGCGAUCGUAUUUAUUUUAGUGCUGACCAGUAUUAUGUUGUGACCAGUGACAGGCGUUGCACUAAAAGUUCCUCGACGUUGGGAUAUAGGGUAUUCGAUCUAACAUUGACUUUCGAUUUGUGUUUUGUAUAUUUUAAUUUAUUGAAAAUGUAUUUAUAGAAAUUACAAGGGUGUCGACACCUGAAUGCUAGAUCACCCUAUCAUAUACGUUGGGUGAACAAUAAACACAUGUAAACUAUA